GUUUCCUCUUACAAGACCUGAUCUUUGCAAGAAAUGGGAAGCUGCUGUUAAAAGGAAAAACUUCAAGCCUACCAAGUACAGCAGCAUUUGCUCAGAGCACUUUACUCCUGAUUGCUUUAAAAGGGAAUGCAACAACAAGCUUCUGAAAGAAAAUGCUGUGCCCACAAUAUUUUGUUAUACUGAACCUAGUGAAAAGCCUGAAGAGUUUGCAGAACAGCCAGAAGAUCCACUACCGCCUCCUCCACCGCCACCGCCGCCGCCGCCACCACCACCACCACCAGCAGCAGCAGCUCCAGUACUACCACCAUCUCCAUCAACUCCUUCUUUUCAUUUAUCUCAAAUAGAUGCCAGGUUUGUAGAUCCGAGUAUUGGAUUAUUGAUGCCUCCUCUCCAGACCCCUAGCAAUCUUGCUGUUUUUUGCGAUCACAACUAUACCGUAGAGGAUACAGUUCAUCAACGAAAAAGAAUUCAGCAGCUGGAAGAGCAAGUUGAAAAACUGCGAAAGAAGCUCAAAACAGCGCAACAGCGAUGCCGGCGUCAGGAAAGACAAAUUGAAAAACUGAGAGAGAUUGUUCAGUUUCAGAAAGAAAAAGACGUAUUGGCAGGAAAAGGCUAUGUGAUUCUGCCCAAUGACUAUUUUGAAGUUGUAGAAGUACCUGCCUAA